CGAAGCGUGUUGGAAUUGAGACGCGCUGUUGUGGCCUCCAACAACAUUCCCGCGUCGUCUGUGUCCUCGCCCCUUUCCUUCCUUCCUUCUGCCUACUCUGCACUUCACCUUGCGGGAACGACUUCACGAUUCUUUGCCGCGCGCGUCACGUUCAUGCCAAAAACACGCAAUAUUCGCAAACCGAGAGCGGUGCCGCCUCCUGUCAAGCGAGAUGCAAACGAGCCUCAGGCAUCAGGGAGCUCGAGAGCAUCUGCGCAAGGAAAGGUUGGUCCGGUCAAGCGAGCAUCGUCCCUCGUGCCCUUCCCGACCCCGCCACGAACGACGCACAAGCGCAAACGCGCACGCUCGCGCAUCACUGAUUCCGACUCGGAGGAGGACGAGCGGGGCCUUGAGCUCCCCUCCAUCGAUGAGGAAGGCGAGGAAGCCAGUGGCAAGCGCGAUGGAAACGGUGCGCUCAUCCUCGGAUACAAGAAGCGCAAGACCCUCGAUGCGAUCGCCGAGGAGUUGAGCGAGGCCCAGGUCGAGGAGGCCUUCUGGAUGGGCAGGCCUGUCUCAGCCAAGAGUGGGCAAAGCAGCUCAAAGGUCGCUGAGACAAGUAGAGGACGACAGCGCUCGAGAUCGCCUACACGUUCGCCAUCGUCUUCUCCGCCUCCUGCGCCCCACCUCCUGCGUCGCCAACAUACAGGACUUGCGUCCCCGCCUCCGUCAAAACGGCAGCCCCGCACGUACGUGAUACGCAACGUCCGGACGCGCAGGCAGACACCUCCGCCUGCUCCGGCCCCAAGUGUGUCAUCCGAGACGCGGGCUAAGAAGCCGGGACUGUUCCCUGAGCGCGACACACCGGACAACCCUUUCCUUGCGGACAGCUCGCCCGGUCCGUCCAGUGCGGUUGCGACUGGCUCUGAGCCACCGCGUACGCCGGAACGCCGCGUCGAGAAACCAACGGUCACAUGGGUUUUCCGUGGCAAGAAAGUCGAGCUCGCAAAUCCUCAUUACAAGUCCCCCGGUGCCCCCGAGUCGGAGCAGGACGCCGCAGCCUUACUCCCCGAGACCCAUCCAGACUACAGCCCCCCAGCGACCUACGCGCCGAAGUUACUCUUCCCCGAGGCGCGGCGCGACCUCCGCCCCCGACGGACGCCGUCCGUAGAACCGCGCACGCCCACCCGGAGCCUCCCCAGCCCCCGCGUCGAGACGCGCUCUCAGUCUCGCGCGCGGUCCCGGUCCCGCGCAGCGACAGUCGACUCUGAUGACGAGGAGUCGGAGUUGCCGCAGGCGAAGGCCCACGCUCUGGCUGCGGUGCCGGAAGCUGAGGAGGAGGAAGUGGAUGAGGCGGCGCUGGGGGCUGCGAUGGCGAAACGACUGGCGCAGCGUAUCGGAGGAGGCGGUAGCGGCAGCGGCAGCCGUAGCGGCUCGUCAAACGCGACGACGACGCUGUUCGAGCCGCCGAUGACACGCGCGCGGGCGCGCGCUGCUCCGAGAGUCCCCGACAAGGAUAGCGACCCGGCCCGCCGAGCGAUGGGUCCUGUCAGGACCGUGAAGGGCUGACGUUGAGUGCUCUAGUAUGCUGCUUAUGCUAUGGGACUUGAAUGCGCUGAUCUGAUAUACGCUACGCCGGUCCCUGUUUUUUCCGUUUCUCUUGUUCAGCGAUGGCUGUUGACGUUCACUCUCGAGCAUGUUGUCUCUUCAUCCGUGCUGAUCUAUUGGUCUACGCAUCUACCUGUCUACUCAUUUACCUACUCGUAUUGCGACACCCUUGCUAAC